GCUGACAGUAGUGCGUAGGGAACGUUAGGGUAGACACUGGGCCGGGGGAGGUUCUGCGGAAGAAGAGCAGCGCAGAAGAAUUAGGUCGCUCGGGAAAUCAUCGGCACGAGCUCGGACCUCGAAUCUCGAAGCUGCAAGAAGGACGUCGCUGAAGAGAGUUCGUUCUUGCGCCAGGCAGAGAGGGCGGGGAGGAGUUCGAUGCUGUGGAAAGCGCGAGUGAGCAGAUGCUGACACAGGCUGCGAGAGAGUAGCGAAGAAACUGAGGAGGAGGAGAAGGAGGAGGAGGAAUUGGACUUGAGGAGGAAUUGGACUUGAGGAGGAACUUGCGAGUGGGGAGCAAGCGAGUGAAUCGGGUGACGAAGACGUGAUUGGGACUGCGUGCGCGAGGUGCCGGUAGAUGGCCUGAGCAGGGAAGGUUGCGCGUUUGUCAAUUUAGGGUUUCGUGGAUGGCAGUGGGAUAAGAGGAGGCGAGUGGUUUUGCUGUGUCUGUUUUCCCACCUCUCGUCUCGUGAAAGUUCUGAAAUUUGAGUCGCAGGUUCUGCUGCAGUAAUUUGCGUCGAGAUGGAGGUCAUGGAUGCGGAUAUCGCGAGGGUUCAGGAAGAGCGAAGGAAGAAGGAGCAGGAAUUGGCCGCUUUGACGUCGGUGAGUUUCGAUAAGGAUCUGUAUGGGGCAGGUAAUCGAUUUGAAGGGUACGAGCAGUCUAUUGCCGUGAAUGAGGAAGAUGAGGAGCCUCAGGAUGCGAUGGAGAGGGAGGUGGCGCGGAAGCUUGCCUCUUACACUGCUCCGAAAUCAGUCCUAGCGGAUCUUCCUCGAGGUGAAGUCACAGAUGAAGCUUUGGGAUUCAAAAAGCCUCAGAGAAUCAUUGAUCGCGAGGAUGAUUACAGGAAGAGGAGACUCAACCGUAUUUUAUCACCUGAUAGAAACGAUGCAUUCGCUAUGGGAGAUAAGACUCCCGACUCGUCCAUCAGAACCUACGCGGAUGUCAUGCGAGAGGAGACUCUGAAGCGUGACAAAGAGGAAACCUUGAGGUUGAUUGCCAAGAAGAAACAGGACGAGGCAGAAAAGAAAGCCUCUGAACCUGCUGCGCCGACUGAGAAGAAAACUCAUCUCCCCCCUCCUCCACCUGUAGCUCCUAGUUCCGCAGGUCAGAAGAGAAGAAAUCGGUGGGAUCAAAAUCAGGACCAGGAUGAGCCUAAGAAACCGAAAGUCGCCUCAGAGUGGGAUGCUCCUGAUGCCACUCCAGGUCCCAGUCGGUGGGAUGCAACCCCAACGCCGGGAAGGGUUGCUGUGGAUGCAACGCCCACAGUGGCACGAAGAAAUAGAUGGGACGAAACUCCUACACCUGGUAGAUUGGCCGAUGCAGAUGCUACGCCUGCCGGAGGAGUCACCCCUGGUGCCACUCCGGCGGGAAUGACUUGGGAUGCCACUCCCAAGCUGGGUGGAAUGGCCACUCCCACUCCAAAGAAACAGAGGUCUCGUUGGGACGAAACACCUGCCACCAUGGGAAGUGCUACUCCUUUGGUUGGAGCAACUCCAUCUGCAUUUACUCCUGGAGUCACUCCCAUGGGUGGAAUCGAGCUUGCAACUCCCACUCCAGGGCAGAUAGCUCUGAGGGGACCAAUGACCCCCGAGCAGUAUAACAUGCUUAGAUGGGAGAAAGAUAUUGAGGAGAGAAAUCGUCCUCUAUCGGACGAGGAACUCAACUCAAUGUUCCCCAUGGAAGGGUAUAAGGUUUUGGAUCCACCUGCGUCAUACAUCCCUAUCAGAACACCUGCUCGGAAAUUGCUCGCUACACCAACACCCCUGGGAGGGACUCCUUUGUAUGCGAUUCCCGAAGAGGAUCGUACUCAGCAGUUUGAUGUGCCGAAAGAAGCACCCGGCGGUCUGCCUUUCAUGAAACCCGAAGAUUACCAGUACUUUGGAGCUCUUCUGAAUGAAAAGGAAGAAGAAGAGAUGUCGGCCGAAGAAAGCAAGGAGCGGAAGAUCAUGAAGCUUUUGCUGAAGGUGAAGAAUGGUACUCCACCCCAGCGUAAAACAGCACUCAGGCAGUUGACUGAUAAGGCUCGAGAAUUCGGAGCUGGGCCCCUUUUCAACCAAAUUUUGCCCCUGCUAAUGUCUCCAACUCUAGAAGAUCAAGAGCGCCAUCUUCUCGUAAAAGUCAUCGACAGAGUUCUUUACAAAUUAGAUGAGCUAGUGCGACCUUUCGUGCAUAAAAUUCUGGUGGUCAUCGAACCUCUUCUCAUCGAUGAGGAUUACUACGCUCGUGUCGAGGGUAGAGAGAUAAUCUCAAACUUGAGUAAAGCUGCUGGUCUGGCCACCAUGAUUGCUGCAAUGAGGCCAGACAUUGACAACAUCGAUGAGUACGUGAGAAACACGACUGCGAGAGCUUUCAGUGUGGUGGCUUCAGCUUUGGGGAUCCCUGCUCUUCUUCCCUUCUUGAAAGCCGUUUGUCAAAGUAAGAAAUCAUGGCAAGCCCGACAUACUGGUAUCAAAAUUGUGCAGCAGAUCGCCAUUCUAAUGGGUUGUGCUGUGCUGCCGCAUUUGAGGUCUCUCGUGGAGAUUAUCGAGCACGGACUUAAUGAUGAGAAUCAAAAGGUCCGAACUAUUACUGCUCUGUCACUUGCCGCCUUGGCAGAGGCUGCUGCUCCUUACGGUAUCGAGAGUUUCGAUUCUGUCCUCAAGCCUCUCUGGAAGGGUAUCAGGUCUCAUCGAGGUAAAGUGUUGGCAGCGUUUUUGAAAGCUAUUGGAUUUAUCAUUCCUCUCAUGGAUGCAAUGUAUGCCUCUUACUACACCAAGGAGGUUAUGGUUAUUCUCAUUCGAGAGUUCCAGUCUCCUGAUGAGGAGAUGAAGAAGAUUGUGUUGAAGGUUGUGAAACAGUGUGUAAGUACCGAGGGAGUAGAAGCAGAUUACAUCAAGCAGGAGAUUCUACCGGAGUUCUUCCGCAACUUCUGGGUUCGCAGAAUGGCUCUUGAUCGUAGGAAUUACAGGCAGCUCGUUGACACAACCGUGGAGAUUGCCAACAAAGUCGGUGUUUCAGACAUCGUAGGCAGGGUAGUCGAGGACUUGAAGGACGAGAGUGAGCCUUACCGAAGAAUGGUCAUGGAGACCAUUGAGAAGGUGGUGGCUAACUUGGGUGCGUCGGAUAUAGAUGCUCGUCUGGAAGAGCUGCUGAUUGAUGGUAUUCUUUACGCAUUUCAAGAGCAAACCAGUGAUGACGCGAAUGUUAUGCUUAAUGGUUUUGGCACGGUUGUGAAUGCUUUGGGGCAAAGAGUGAAGCCAUACUUGCCUCAGAUUUGUGGUACUAUUAAGUGGCGACUUAACAACAAGAGUGCCAAGGUUCGACAACAAGCCGCAGACCUUAUUGCCAGAAUUGCAGUGGUCAUGAAGCAGUGCCACGAAGAGCAGUUGAUGGGGCAUUUGGGAGUGGUGUUGUACGAAUACCUCGGGGAGGAGUAUCCAGAAGUACUCGGUUCCAUUUUAGGAGCACUGAAGGCUAUAGUGAACGUCAUAGGUAUGACGAAGAUGACUCCACCUAUUAAGGAUCUUCUUCCUCGUCUGACUCCUAUAUUGAAGAACAGACACGAGAAGGUGCAGGAGAAUUGUAUCGAUUUGGUCGGUAGGAUUGCUGACAGGGGAGCAGAGUUUGUGCCUGCGCGUGAGUGGAUGAGGAUAUGCUUCGAGUUGUUGGAGAUGCUGAAAGCACACAAAAAGGGCAUUCGAAGAGCUACUGUGAAUACCUUUGGGUAUAUAGCCAAGGCAAUUGGUCCGCAAGAUGUGCUCGCCACCUUGCUGAACAACCUAAAGGUCCAGGAGCGACAGAACCGUGUCUGCACCACUGUGGCAAUUGCAAUUGUCGCUGAGACCUGUUCUCCAUUCACCGUCUUGCCAGCUCUGAUGAAUGAGUACCGUGUUCCAGAGUUGAACGUGCAAAAUGGUGUGUUGAAAUCCUUGUCCUUCCUGUUUGAGUACAUUGGGGAGAUGGGAAAGGAUUACAUCUAUGCCGUCACCCCUCUGCUAGAAGAUGCAUUGAUGGACAGGGAUCUUGUUCACCGACAAACUGCUGCAUCGGCUGUGAAGCACAUGGCCCUCGGUGUAGCAGGUUUGGGAUGUGAAGAUGCUUUGAUUCAUCUCCUGAACUAUGUGUGGCCCAACAUUUUUGAGACAUCCCCUCAUGUUAUCAAUGCUGUGAUGGAAGCUAUAGAGGGAAUGCGAGUGGCUCUGGGUCCUGCUAUUUUGCUGAGUUACUGCCUACAGGGGCUUUUCCACCCUGCGAGGAAGGUACGGGAGGUUUACUGGAAAAUAUACAACUCAUUGUACAUCGGAUCCCAGGAUGGAUUAGUAGCAGCUUAUCCAGUAUUAGAAGAUGAUGGCUAUAAUGUCUACAGUAGACCGGAGCUUAUGAUGUUUGUUUAGAGUGCCACACUCCAUACAUGGUCGUCAACCUCGCUCACAUAGCUGAUAUGAAGGUCUGAACGUCUUUUUGACUUCAGUAUUUAGAUACCUUCUGAAGCUUCGUUUGGCUUGCGAGAGGCCCACAGUUCACUGUUAUUCAUUUGUGUCAUAAACCUGUAAAUGGUAAUUAAAUCUCUGUUUCGGUUGCCAGAGUCCGAUAUUCUCUAUAUGGGUAGUGCUGGCGAACUUCAUCUUUCAAGAUUGUGCCCAGGAAAAUGCUGGUUCCUGAAUAAAAUGUUUUUAAACGUCUUCUUAGAAGACAGAUAGGGAAUGAAUUGAAUUCGUACUGAAUGCACAGACAUCUUCAGAGAUAUGUUUUGGGCAGUAAACUCAGUCAAGCUGUAUACACGCUGUAACAGGUUUGAAAGAGUUGAGAAUAGGAUUGUACUUUCAUCUUUAAUGGUCGUCCCCAAGAUACCUUUGAGACUUAUGAAGAAAAUUGAUACACUUUCGGGACAAGCCGAAGCAUUGUUGUCUUUAGGUGGAUAAGCUAUAUAUGAUGUGUCUUCAGCCACCUAGCGAAGCAUGUUAUCGUGCUGGCCGUAAUCUGUAUAUCUCACAUUGGAGCAAGGGCUUACACCCUCGAGUUUCAAGUGC